AUGGCGGAGGGCCUGGCAGUCUUCAGCGACCGGGGCCAGGACGGCGGCCCCGUGCUCGCCCUCGAGGGCGAGGAGCCCGUGGAGGUGUUUCGGGAGGUCUCGAUGGCCGUCGGCUCGCAGCCGCCCACGGGCCCCGGCGCGCUCCACCUGAGCAACAAGCGCCUCUUCUGGCUCCCUGACGCCGCCUCAGAGCCAGGCUACCACGCGUCCUUCCGCGCGAUAUCCCUGCACGCCGUGUGCCGCGAAGCCGCCGGGCAGGCAGAGCCACCCUACCUCUACUGCCAGAUUGACGGCGCGUUCGAGGCGGACGGCGGCGACGGAGCGUCGGACGAGGACAUGGCGGACGAGUACGACGCGACGACGGAGGUCAAGCUCGUCCCGCGCGACCCCAGCUGCUUGGACGCCGUCUUUGCUGCGUUCAGCAAGGUGGCUGCGCUGAACCCGGACAGCGACGACGAGGAGGACGAGGACGACGGGUUCUUCUAUAACUCGGAGGAGGCGCUGGCGAACGCCACCGCGGAGGAGCUCGAGCAGCUGCGCAGGCUGGACGACAUGCUGGAGGAGGGCAACGGAGGUCCAGCGCUGCAAGAGGACGGGCGCUUCGAGGACGCGGAGGAGGACGACAGCUGA